AUGUCGAUAUUUGAUCUCCCUCUCGAGAUACAGGAUAUGAUUCUGGAUCUUGAACCGCAAGAGGCACUCCUUGCUUUACGAGCGACUUGUUCCACCGCAUUAUCCCAGAUCAACCCGCGAGUCUUCUCUACAGUUCAGCUGAAUUAUGAUUUGAUCGAGGCCCUCGCUAACAAUUUAUGCACUUUCACGAGUUCGGUGAAGAAAAUUUGCUGGAAAUACGAUCUGGAUGAGGCCGGCACACCGCAGUUGUUUCAGUACUGGUCCCAACUAUCACACUUACCAGCCCUUAAGCAGCUUGAGAUCGAGGUUAUCGGGGAUCAAGAUGAACUUUCAUUCACAGAGUUCCCUCCUCUGCGCAUGUUCCAUGAUCUGGAGUCUCUGAGUGUUACUUUCCCCGGUGACCUCCUAACCGCCUACAGUGAAAGAGAAAUCGCGGUCGCGAUCAGUCGUUCAUCGAAUCUAAGGAAUCUCCAGAUCCUCAAUCUUACUGACACGCCAUUCUUUUCGGAUGUGAAGCAGUGUAUCUCCCUUUCAGCCUUCUUAUCAUCACCCGUGACCGCCUUGGAGAAGCUUCAGAUUCACCAUGUACCGUUCCCCAGGCGCGGUUUGCGUCAGGUUAUCUCCUCCAGCUUGCGGGAGUUGAGUGUGUUGACUCGAAACGGAGGCCGAGGGAUCAAGAGUAAUUGGGGUGCACUCUGGUCCACCUUGGGUGUUUCGGGGGCAAGGCUAUCUUCACUUAAAGUGUCCGGGUCGGAAGCCGCCAUGGACGAGCUCUUCGCCUAUUUAACCUCCUACACGGGAUUACGCUUAUUGGAGAUUUCCGAUAUCGUCAUGGACGGCCAGGAAAUGGAGGAUUGCGCUGGUGAAAAAUUCUGGGGGGAAGUUGUUCCCCAUCACUAUGCCACGCUGGCCACCCUAUCCGUCACUCCUAAGUAUGGAGGCAGCUGGUGCUAUGGACCCGCAGCUGCGGCUAGCUUGCGAAAAUGCUUUUCUCUCCGAUACCUUACGAUAUCCCUGGGUGAAAUCAAUCCUUCGUGGGCCAGAGACCAGGUCCACGCCCUUCAGGCCGACGGGGUUACUUUCUCCGGCGCUGUGGAGCUAGAUGAGGCACCGAACAGUUACGUGGUAGGUUUUGAUAUUUGGAUACUACGCCCCUUCUCUUUGGCUUUACGUACAAGCGUGGCUCAUUAA